UACAGUGCUCUGCGUGUUCGGAGGCAUUUCGGCUACCGGAGGGCAAGAAUGCGAAGCCCUCUCCUUUCGUGGACUCCGGGAAAUCGGAUUCAGGCAGUUGGUGUGGGAGCGGACUUUUCUUCCUCACGCGGGGGAGGGGCAGCGGCUCGGGUUCCUCUCGGGAAUGCUGGGAAAUGUAGUCCAGGAGCCCCGCGUAGUUGGCGGUAUUUCCGCUGCGGGAGGUUAAGAUCGCGGCCUUCGUUUCUCUCUGGGAGGAAAGGAGGCUGUGCCCGGACUACUUCUGACUCGUUUUUUAGAAAGAGAGCGUCACCCACAAGUAUCUUCCGCGGUUUUUCCGGGGCCACAGACAAGAUUGUAGUAUCUCCGCCUCCUUUCCGCUGUCCUGACUUUUGAAAGAAGGCUCCUUGGCAGCAGAGCCCCACUGUGACCGUACUUCGCUUUCGUCUUCUUUUUCUGCGGUGGUAGAAGAGAGAGACACAGCGGGAGAGGGAACACAAGCAGGGGGAGUGGAAGAGGGAGAAGCAGGCUUCCCGCCGAGCAGAGAGCCCGAUGUGGGGCUCGAUCCCAGGACCCUGGGAUCAUGACCUGAGCCAAAGGGACCACUGUUUCCUGGACCUCAGAGUGCCUAGCAGCAACCUAGAGGUUGGCAGAGAAGAGUUAUUCAGUGAGUGGCUAUGCAACAUGAAAAAUGCAGCAAGUUAUUGAAAGGGCAAAAGGGGAUUUUAAGAAGUAGCAGAGAGGCAAGAUCUAGAAUACCAGUUCUGGUGUGAGCUGGAGUCCAGUUCCGCCCGUGUGUCUUGACCUCAUCAAGCCUCAGCUUCCUCGUCUGUUAAAUAGAAGCCACAGUCCUCAUCAUCACUGAUUGAGAACUUCCUAAAAUGCCAGCUGAGGACGGGCACAGAGGUGUAGGCGAUUGGACCGAAGUCACACUAGUGUGACAGAGCUUCGUCACAGUGCCUUCUCAGGACUCAGCCCUUUCUUAGAAGGACGAGGACAAAAUGACUAAGUUCAAGGAGGCUGUGACGUUCAAGGACGUGGCGGUGGUCUUCACGGAGGAGGAGCUGGGGCUGCUGGACCCUGCCCAGAGGAAGCUGUACGGAGACGUGAUGCUGGAGAACUUCAGGAACCUGCUCUCUGUAGGGCAUCAACCCUUCACCCCAGAUCUAAUACUCCAGUUUGAGAGAGAAGAAAAGCUUCGGAUGAUAAAGACAGCAACCCAGGGCCACUGUGCCUCAGGAGACAAGAAUCUAAAUGACCUGGAGACUCUUCAGGAAAUUGGAUUAAAGUACCUCCCACAUGAAGAGCUGUUCUGCUCGCAAAUCUGGCAACAGGUUACAAAGGAGUUAACCCAGUGCCAAGAUUCCAUGGUCAAUAUUCAAGGAACUGGCUCCCAGUUGGAAAAACGAGGUGAUGCACUCUAUAAAGAUGAAGAGUUUGGUAAAGGCUUUACUCAGAGUUCACAUCUUCAGGUUCACCACAGAGACCACACGGGAGGAAAACCCUACCAGGGGGAGGAGCGUGAGAAAGGUUUCAUUCAGCGCUGUCAUCUUCAAACUAACCAGACAGCUCAUGUAGGAGAGAAGCCCUAUAAAUGUGAAAAAUGUGAAAACACCUUCCGUCGACUGUCAAGCCUUCAAGCCCAUCAGAGGGUCCAUGGCAGAGAGAAAUCAUACAAGUAUGAUACGUCAUGUAAGGGUUUCAGACAGAGGUCAUAUCUUCACCAUCAUCAGAGAGUUCUCCCUGGAGAGAAUCCACACAAAUUCGAGGAAUGUGGGAGGAAUGUUGGGAAAAGCUCACAUUGUCAAGCUCCUCUGAUAGUCCACACAUUAGAGAAACCUUAUAAAUGUGAGGAGUGUGGGCUGAGCUUCAGUCAGAGCUCGUAUCUUCAAGUGCACCAGAGAGUCCACAUGGGAAAGAAACCUUAUAGAUGUGAAGAGUGUGGGAAGGGCUUCAGUUGGCGUUCGCGACUACAGGCUCAUCAGCGAAUCCACACUGGAGAGAAACCAUACAAAUGUGAGGCAUGUGGCAAGGGCUUUAGUUACAGCUCGCACCUUAACAUUCAUUGUAGAAUCCAUACAGGAGAGAAGCCCUAUAAAUGUGAAGAGUGUGGGAAAGGCUUCAGUGUAGGUUCACACCUUCAGGCCCAUCAGGUAAGCCACACUGGAGAGAAACCUUACAAAUGUGAGGAAUGUGGGAAGGGCUUCUGUCGGGCCUCAAAUCUUCUGGACCAUCAGAGAGGCCACACUGGUGAGAAACCAUAUCAGUGUGAUGCCUGUGGAAAGGGCUUCAGUCGUAGCUCAGAUUUUAACAUUCAUUUCAGAGUCCAUACAGGAGAGAAACCCUAUAAAUGUGAGGAAUGUGGGAAAGGCUUCAGUCAGGCCUCAAAUCUUCUGGCCCAUCAAAGAGGCCACACUGGAGAAAAACCAUACAAAUGUGGUACAUGUGGGAAGGGCUUCAGCCGGAGUUCAGAUCUUAAUGUUCAUUGUAGAAUCCACACCGGAGAGAAACCCUAUAAAUGCGAGAAGUGUGGUAAGGCCUUCAGCCAGUUCUCGAGCCUUCAGGUGCAUCAAAGAGUCCACACGGGAGAGAAACCGUAUCAGUGUGCAGAGUGUGGGAAGGGCUUCAGUGUGGGUUCACAGCUUCAAGCCCACCAGAGGUGCCAUACUGGGGAGAAACCAUACCAAUGUGAGGAGUGUGGGAAAGGAUUCUGUCGGGCGUCAAAUUUUCUGGCUCAUCGUGGAGUCCACACAGGAGAGAAGCCAUACCGAUGUGAUGUGUGUGGUAAACGCUUCAGACAGAGAUCCUAUCUUCAAGCCCACCAGAGGGUCCACACCGGAGAGAAACCGUACAAAUGUGAGGAGUGUGGUAAGGUCUUCAGUUGGAGCUCAUACCUUCAAGCCCAUCAGAGAGUUCACACUGGAGAAAAACCAUAUAAAUGUGAGGAGUGUGGGAAGGGCUUCAGUUGGAGCUCAAGUCUUAUAAUUCAUCAGCGAGUGCAUGCUGAUGAUGAGGGUGAUAAGGACUUGCCCUCCCCGGAGAAUUCACACAGGAAAGAAGCUCCAUAAAACUAUAUGUUUUAAUACCUCAGAUGGGUGCUGAAAUAGUCUAAUAAUCAGACCUUUCCUAGAAGACAAAGCAUUUAUUUAUAGAAGAGUCAGUAUUUAGCCAGGGCUUGACAUGUCACAGUGGUUGGGUGACCACACAGCAGAGAAGCCUCAUGAGAAUGGCGACAUAAGGACUUCAUUCAGAACCUUGACAUUUAGCAAAUACUACACAGAGGAGAGGCUUAGGAAGGAUGAAUCUGAUCUGAAGUUAACCGAAGGGCUGAGAUGGAAGUGCCAGAAUCUCUUCCACUAGAAUAUAAACUCCAAGAGAGUAGGGAUUUGUUGACUGCCAAAUCUAUUCAGUCUUCUCAGUGCCUCACACAUGGUAGGUGUUCAGUAAUGUUAAAUGAGUGAAAGGGAGAACAGUCAUAUAUGAAAUUUUUAUUCAGUUCUUCUCUAAAAAUUUCUAUGAAAUGUACUUAGAAGAGGAAUUCUGUAAGGCUUGGAGGACAUUCAAGUUAAGACACAUGGGCUCAUUUUCCCAACCCUGCAGGUGCUGUGAACUAGUGUUUAUCAACCUGCCAGUAGGUCCAAAAUCACUUCAGUGGGUUGUGACCAGCAUUUUUGUAUUCUAAUAGUUUAUUGAGGUAUAAUUUGCAUGCAGCAACAUGCAUAAAUCUCAAGUUUACAGCUUUAUGAAUUUUGACAAAUGUAUACACUUAUGUAAUCAUCACCAAAAUCAAUGUAUACAAUAUUUCUAUUAAACCAGAAUGUUUCCUUGUGUA